AUCAAAAUUGUUAUUUUGUUUUUAUUUACUAUAGGCAGUUUACUUCAAUAUUUUUGAUUGUGAUAGAAAUAUUUUUAACUAUGGCAAGCAAAUUACCAGCAUGUGUGGUGGACGUCGGUACAGGUUACACAAAGCUCGGCUUUGCUGGAAACACAGAGCCUCAGUUCAUCAUGCCUUCCUCCAUCGCUGUGAAGGAAACCGCGAAAGUCGGCAAUAAAGUUCACAAAGGGGUCGAUGAUCUUGAUUUCUAUAUUGGGGAUGAAGCCCAAGAUAAACCCAAUUAUGCCACCAAGUGGCCAGUUCGUCAUGGAAUCGUAGAAGAUUGGGAUUUAAUGGAGCGUUUCACGGAGCAAAUUAUCUUCAAGUAUUUACGUGCAGAGCCAGAGGAUCAUUAUUUUCUCAUGACAGAACCUCCUCUGAACACCCCAGAAAAUCGUGAAUACUUGGCUGAAAUCAUGUUUGAAUCCUUCAACGUUCCUGGCUUAUACAUCGCCGUGCAAGCCGUGCUCGCAUUGGCAGCGUCUUGGACGUCGAGAGCUGUUGGAGAGCGUGUUCUUACUGGUACAGUCAUUGACAGUGGAGAUGGAGUGACCCAUGUUAUCCCUGUAGCUGAAGGCUACGUUAUUGGCAGCUGCAUCAAACAUAUCCCCAUCGCAGGUCGAGACAUCACUUACUUCAUCCAGCAAUUACUCCGGGAACGUGAAACUGGCAUCCCUCCAGAGCAGUCGAUGGAAACAGCAAAAGCAAUCAAGGAGAGAUAUUCAUACAUCUGUCCUGAUAUUGCAAAAGAGUUUGCGAAAUAUGACUCUGACCCAGCCAAGUGGGUGAAGCAAUAUGAAUCAAAAAAUGCAGUUACGAAGCAGUCAUUUAAAGUUGAUGUCGGUCAUGAGCGCUUCUUGGGACCAGAAAUCUUUUUCCACCCUGAAUUCUCAAACCCCGAUUUUACAACUCCAAUUUCUACUGUAGUGGAUGAUGUCAUUCAGAAUUGUCCUAUUGAUGUCAGAAGGCCGCUUUACAAAAAUGUCGUGCUGUCUGGAGGAUCAACCAUGUUCAAAGAUUUUGGCCGUCGUUUGCAACGAGAUUUAAAGCGCACCGUCGACGCAAGGCUGAAAAUGUCUGAAGAAUUAAGCGGAGGUAGAAUCAAACCAAAGCCAAUGGAAGUACAAGUGGUCACACAUAGCAUGCAAAGAUAUGCUGUAUGGUUUGGCGGAUCUAUGCUUGCAUCAACGCCUGAAUUUUAUCAAGUGUGCCACACCAAAGCAGAUUACGAUGAGCACGGCCCAAGUAUAUGUCGCCAUAAUCCCGUAUUUGGCACUAUGUCAUAACUCGAAGAACUUUUGAAGUAUAAAGUUAUUGUUUCAGUUGAAGCAAAGUUGAGAAUGCUUGAUUACAUGAUUGUAAUACCUACUGUAUUUGGACUUAAUUCUAUUCAAAAAAAGGAAGAAAAUUGAUUCAAACCAUGUACUUUGCUUAUACUUAUAUCUUUUGUAAUCUUAUUCACAAAUUGUUUCAAACUGAAAUGAUAAACUUGAACUUUUAAGUCGAGAUAUUCGAAUAAUCAUGUUAUAUACUCAGAAUGAUUCCUAAGACUUAAUAAUAUAUCGAACAGUUUGUAGGCCCGGUGCAGUUUUGUUAAUCUUGGGCCAAAUAAUUUUCGGUCGUCUUACUUAGAGCCGAGCUAUAUAAAAUGGAAUAAUAUCUAGAAAUGUCUUCAGAUUGAAAUUCUCACUUUUACAAGAACUUCCAGACAUUUAGGCAAUAUAAUCUAUGUUAAAUCGCAAAUCUAUUUGAAGUUAUGCGCACAUAUUACUGAUAUGAUAUAAUUUUAGACUUUAUAACUAGAAAUUGGAUAAUUCCCAUUUUUCCGUUGAAUUAUAUACAUUUAAACAAUUUAAUAUCUGUUAAAUCCCAAACGUUUUUGAAGUUACGCUCAUAUAUUAUGAUAUACUAAUUCUAAACUUGAUAACCAGAAAUUGGAUAUUAGUGCUUUUUCAGUUGGAAUAUUGUCUCCCAAAUAAAAUUAUUUGGAUUUCCAUUGUUGCUUCAUGACAUACUUGAUUCGAAUCUUUGAUCAUGGAUAGCUUAUUAAUUUAGAAAAUGAAUAUCGUAAUAAUUUGUGUAAUUUUUACAUUAUUUUAUGUUCUAUAGCUUUUUUGGUAUAUAUCAGAGUUCUGUUUCUGAUUUGUAUCAGUUAUUUGGUGUACCAAAUUAAAUAAUAUAAAAGCUAAAACAGGAUUUUCCACAUUGGCGCCUCGAAAACUGGUCCCCCACCCAGUUUGGGAACUCCGGCUUACAAUCUUGGAUCCAAUCUCUGUCCAAAAUUGUAUUAAAUUGCUUUUGAUUUUUAUCCAAUAUAGUCAACUUUAUCAUUUGCUGUUCAAGCUACUUUUGUCAUAUUCAAUCUAGGCAAGUUUAGUAAAAUACAGAGCUGCUUCUAAUGUUCAAUUCUGAUGAAUAUCCAGCAUUUUGAGUGGCCAACUGCCAGUAAUUUAUUUCAAUCUGUUAUUUGUGUAUUCUCAUCAUUAUUUCACAUACGAUUAACAUAGGGUUUACAGCACUUUGUGUACUUUUAUCGGUGAUUCUUAUAUUAUCCAAGAAUAAUGUGUUCCGUUUUUAAUUUUCUUGUAAUUACCCUGUAUUUUCUGCUGUAGAUGUUUAUUAAUAACUGUUACAAUUCCAAUGAGUGAACCAUUUUACCCAUAUAGUGUGCCUUUCCCACCUUGAAGCAAGCUUGCAUCUUAUAGAUGACCGAAAAAAAAAAUUGAACCUGUUUUGAACAAAUUCCAGAGCGAACAUAACUUUUGUGCAAAGAGUUCUAGAUUACUGAAUAUUUUGGGUGCAAUCAUACGGAAACAGAAGUUUAAAUUUUUAUCCAUUUUCCUAGAAGUAUUCGAGAAACUCGUAGGUUCUAUUUUUCUUGGCUCACUCUGUCUAUGGACUGCAUUUGGCAGAUAUAUAUAUAUAUAUAUAUAAUGAUAGCUCGAUUCAUUUUGGUUUUGCUUUCACAUAAGACAACAUAAUUUGGCGUUUGGAAAUGUUAUGAUAACAUUUACAAUGAUUAUCAUGAUAACAGACUACUGAUUGAGCAGAUUUAGUUUUUCAAAAUGGAAAAGCACCACUGGUCGUUAUCGGAACAGCUAUUGUCGUGAUCAAUACAUCAUUGUUAUCAAAAUGCACUAUUCUGAAAAAUUUGAUAAUGCUAAGAUUUGAGUAUUUUGUGUGCCUGGAUUUAUAAUUCCAUUUCCCUGAUGUAAGGGAUUGUUUUUCGAAUGUGAUAAUUGGCCGAUAUAAUUUCACAUAUAUAUUAUUUCCGUAUUAUAUUAUUGUGUAACAAUGCAGAUUAUGACGAUUUUUCAUGCUAAUUGUUGUUUCUACUGCAUUUAUUAAAUUAG